AUGCUUCCUCCUCUCCUCCUUUCCUCUCUCUCCUUUUCCCUUGCUUUUCUUUCAGAUUCUUCAGGCUCUGAUAUGUGUCCAUUGGGUCAGUUUCCAUGUGGGAAUCUGUCAGUGUGUUUGCCUCAACCACAGCACUGCAACGGGCAGCAGGACUGUCCCAAUGGAGCAGACGAAGAGAACUGCGUGGAUAACAGUGGUUGGCCCCAUCUGUUUGAUGCCUUCAUGAAAACAAGGGUCCAGGAGUCGAAAGAGUGCAUGUUAGAUGUCUAUCCAGAUGUGUGUCAUUGUGAGGGUCGGAAGGUGAACUGUAAUGGCAAAAACCUCCUCCAUGUACCUGUUGUGUCCUCUAAUGUAACUGCACUAGAACUGAACAGUAACAGGAUCGAAUCUCUCUCUCGUGAUCUGUUCAUCCGCUACAGACACCUGGAGAGACUACAUUUGGAAACGAACAGUAUAGAAAUGAUCUCCAAGAGGGCAUUUUCAGGACUAAUCUCUUUGCGUAAACUUUUUUUGAGUCAGAACAGAAUUGCAUCUCUGAAAGCGGGAAUCUUUAGUGACCUCAGAAGUCUGGAGUGGCUGAUUCUGGAUGAAAACAGACUAUCAUCCAUGCGUCAGAAGUCUUUUGAAGGCCUGAAAUCAUUAUUUUUCCUGUCUUUAUUAAAUAACUCUGUCGAACAAUUUCCUAAAACUUCGAUUUGCCUUGAGAUGCCCCGUCUCAACUGGCUGGAAAUGGAGGGGAAUAGAAUUUCAUCUCUCUGGGCAUCUAGUUUUAAGAACUGCUCCUCUCUUACUGUCUUAGCAUUGAGGAGAAAUCGCAUCAGCACAAUAGAGGAGGGAACAUUCACAGACAUGCAAAGAUUGAUAGACCUAGACGUGUCUAUGAACAAGAUCAAAGACCUACCUCCAUCUCUGUUCCAGAACCUCCAGAACCUGAAACAGCUAAAUAUUUCAAACAAUCCCCUGUCACACAUAUAUGACAAUCAGUUUGACAGUCUGGUGAAUCUGCAGUCACUGAGUAUGGAAGAGGUAGAUAUUCCCAACAUCAACAUCAGGAUGUUCCGACCCCUAACUAACCUCACUCACAUUUAUUUUAAGCGUUUUGAAUUCUGUGGAUAUUCUCCCAAUGUGCGGAGCUGCAAACCAAACACAGACGGAAUCUCAUCCUUCGAGAAUCUGCUGGCAAACAUCAUUCUGCGCGUGUUUGUCUGGGUCGUCGCCUUCAUCAUUUGCUUUGGAAACAUCUUCGUCAUCUGUCUACGUUCCUGUUUUGCCUCAGAGAAUCAACAUCACACAAUGGCCAUCAAAUCCCUUUGCUGUGCAGACUGUCUCAUGGGUGUGUAUCUGCUUUUCAUUGGUGCCUUUGACAUCAAGUAUUGUGGCGAGUACAACCGUCAUGCUCAGAUAUGGAUGGAGAGUCUGUCCUGCCAGUUGAUUGGCUCUCUGGCCAUGUUGUCCACAGAGGUAUCCGUCAUGAUGUUGACCUACAUGACACUAGAGAAGUACCUGUGCAUCGUCUUCCCAUUCCAGCAUUACCGUGCCGGACGAAAACAGACCCUGUGCUCACUGACCUUCAUCUGGUUGCUAGGAUUUAUCAUUGCUGUUAUUCCCUUCUGGGAUAAACAGACCUUUGGGAAUUUUUAUGGGCGGAACGGAGUAUGCUUCCCUCUUCACUCAGACCAGACGGAGAAACCUGGAGCCAGAUGCUAUUCUACAGCUAUUUUUCUCGGUCUGAAUCUGCUGGCCUUCGUGGUGAUUGUAUUCUCUUACUCCAGUAUGUUUUACUCCGUUCAGAAGACAGCGAAGACAGCACGUCAAACAGUAUUUGAUCGAGAAGUCACUAUUGCAAAGCGAUUUUUCUUCAUUGUGUUCACUGAUGCUAUGUGCUGGAUCCCCAUCUUCCUCUUAAAGAUACUAUCACUACUAAGAGUACAUAUCGCCGGUACCCUCAUUCUGUGGGUGGUGAUUUUUAUCCUUCCCAUAAACAGCGCCCUGAACCCCAUCCUGUACACUAUCACAACCAGCGCCUUUCAGCAGAAACUCAAACAGUGUUUGAAAUAUCGCUGCCAGCAGACUAACUGACACACACACACACACACACACACACACACACACACUAUGCACAUGCUCUAAGAUUAAUAUUCCAUGUGGAAUAAAAGGUUAAUAGAUGACAGGAUAAUGACCACACACACAAGAUGCUCUCAUCCUCAGCACAAGUUAAUAAGGCAUGUAAGAGCCUGUAGGGUUGAAGUAAUGAGAGCACACACCGCAACAUUCAUAUUCAACCAGCAGUCCAUCAUAAACAAUAUAUGCUUAUGCAAGUAAAACCAAGCCUUAUAUGAAAAACUAAGAAAUGACAAACUUGCAAAUCCAAGAGACUUCAACUGCCGUAUAGACUUAGAGCAGUGUGUGUACAUGCAGGGUAAGCCAAACUCUGUGGCUGUCAGAGAAUGCAGGGAGGAAGGGUUCGGGACAGACCCCGGUGGGCUGAGGAUUGGAACCCUUCCGACUGAUUUAAUUGCAUUUUUAGUGUGCUUGUGCUGAUGUGUUUGGAAAACAAAGAGGCAGGUGCAUGCAGUCAGGAUAAAAAAAUGACCAAAAACUAUAUGGUGGUGAAGAUCACACUAAAACCAAUCCUAGCAUCUGUGAAAAUAAUACAAAGAAAUACAGAUCUUUAUGGUGUUCACGUUGGCAUCAAAGGACACAUUUAUUCCAGAUUGCGGUUAUUAAGAUUACAUGAAGUUAUUGUAUAAGUCUAUUAUUUAUGGAAUUCACGGCUUUCAUUUUCACCGUCUGCUGUAAUUUGUCAGUUGUCUACAAUAUGUAAAAUGAAUGUAACAUACAAAUAAUUGCAAUGAAUAAAUUAUAAUUAUUUCAUUACAUUUCAUUGCACCGGUUUGUCAGAAUCAUCCUCUGUUCUUCUGCUCUGACGUAUAUGUCUUACCACUAAAUCAGCUUUUAAGAAAGAUUUAUAGACUUCAUUACCAGAGAGCAGCUUCACUGGA